GAAUCACUAAGAAGCUGGAUUUCAUUUUACAUCUUUCUUCUUACUCUUCGACAGACUGGAUGAAUGAAAACACUGAUUUUGUUCACAUGGUUUCUGCUGCUCUUGGCUCGCCAAAGGGUCUCAGUGACAAAGUCCAAGUUGCACGUCCCCCUCUUUGCCCUCCUCUCCUUGAGUUCUGCUGGGUUGGUUAAAUCUGUGAGCAUUAGUGGGCGUGAGCAUGUGAGUGUGUGUUGGUGCUUCAAGGGCGCAUGCGAACUGAGGCCCAGGGGGGAAAGCCUUCCACACAGAUCUUAGCCAGCUGCCCUGCUUUAAACACUUCACUGCAAGAAGAGUACAAGAGAGGGGGAAUCCGCAUGCAUCACCCCUACUAGUGUACUCAGAGUACACCGGCAAAGCAGCUGCCAGCUCUACAAACAGCAGACGAGUCCUUCUGCCUCAGAUUCACAGGACUCAAAGGGCACUUGCUGCCCUGAGAGGUAGUUGUUCAAACAACCUGACCUCUGGGGUUAAGUAAAGUCAGUUUGCGUGAAGCUCUGUGGAGGAGGGGAGGAAGGAACAGGCACCAGUUAGUGGGAGGUUUGAGGCCACGGUGAGGCUCCUGCACUGCUCAAGAGGGAGACAAAGAAGUCGCCAGGAAGCGGGAGAAGAAGAGGAGAUGGCCACGGGAGAAAUCACAACACUUCCCUCCACACCUGAAGACGGCGGCAGCGGUGGCUUUCCUCCUGGGAGCUUCAAGGAACCCAAAAGACUGUAUUGUAAAAACGGGGGCUUCUUCUUGCGGAUAAAAUCUGACGGAGGAGUGGAUGGAAUCCGGGAGAAGAACGACCCCCACAUAAAGCUACAAUUCCAGGCGACCUCUGUGGGGGAGGUGGUCAUCAAGGGUGUUUACGCUAAUCGCUAUCUGGCGAUGAACAGAGACGGGCGACUGUUUGGAGCGAGACGAGCAACAGAUGAGUGCCACUUCUUAGAGCGGCUUGAAAGCAACAACUACAACACCUACCGCUCCAGGAAGUACCCGAACAUGUAUGUGGCGCUAAAGCGGACUGGCCAGUACAAGGCUGGAAACAAAACUGGACCGGGUCAGAAGGCCAUUCUCUUUCUUCCGAUGUCUGCCAAAAGCUAAUCUGUGAUCCGGUCAAGAAA